GUAUGUGCCCUAUAUGAGUGUGUGUACAGCAGGCCUAAAACAAUGGCCCUCUCAGAUUACAUCUCUCUGUCUGUGGAGGCUGUAUAGGGGGGCAGGACAACUCCCACUGGCUACCCCUCCUGCCGCUCCUGUCCGGGCUGACGCUCUGAUUGGCUCAGGCCACAUAUAUAUUUACAGCAUGGGUUCAUCAAAACUCACUACAACUUUCAAACUCAGCACAAGAACUAUAUACCGUCUGGAGGGCAGGAGUUACAAAACUAACAUCUGUGGGAUUUUAUGCUUCUCUGAAACAAAGGGUGCAGCCUUUUCUAACUCUUUUUCUUUCUUUUUACAAUUCAUUUCAUUUGGGUUACUGGUCAGUCUAUAUUUAAAGUAGCUUAAAGUAGUAAAGAGGUGUUGAUUCUAUUCCAAGACAACAGCGUGCUUUAACCGUGGUGGUCUUGCUGGAAUGAAUAUAUCUGAGUCUAGUUGCUGUCAAGAGGCCAGUUCUCAGCCCAGCCAGGUUGCGGAGCGUGGGACAUGGGGUGCCUCUUCCAGCACUCCGGGCCCUGACCGGGGACAUGGUUUUGACCGCAGCCGGACCACAGAGCUGGCACCGGUGCCUGGCUCUGGAACACGGACGGGGUCCCGAACCGGAGCAGAGGCCAGGACGGGAAGCCCGGACUCAACCCGCCCUGGAGCUCUGACCCUGGGCUCCAGCGAUGGAAAAUCAGGGGGGGAGUCGAGGAUCAGGAGGCCGAUGAAUGCCUUCAUGGUGUGGGCUAAAGACGAGCGCAAACGUCUGGCCAUCCAGAACCCAGACCUGCAUAACGCCGUGCUCAGUAAGAUGCUGGGUCAAUCCUGGAAGGCUCUAAGCACACUAGACAAGCGUCCGUUUGUGGAGGAAGCCGAACGACUCCGUUUGCAGCACCUCCAGGAUCACCCGAACUACAAAUACCGCCCUCGCCGCAAAAAACAGCCCAAGAAGAUGAAACGAGUGGAACCGGGUUUGCUCCUCCAAGGCCUCGCUGGCGGCCCGGGCCCAGGAGAAGCUUACUCGCAACAUCGCCAUGCCCAUCAUCUGCUGCCUCCUCUGGGACACUUCCGAGACCUCCACCACUCCGGAGUUUCGGAGCUGGAGAGUUUUGGCCUGCCAACGCCGGAGAUGUCACCAUUGGACGUGUUGGAGGAGGGAGGCGGAGAUUCAGUGUUUUUCCCCCCUCACAUGCAGGAAGAUGUGGGUCUGGGUUCGUGGAUAAACUACCACCAACAUCCAAACCAUCAAACUGGCCACCACCCUCAUCACAACUCCCAUAACCUCCAGCAUUCCCACCCACACCUCAACCAGAAGUCUCCGCUGGCCUGCCUCCCGCUGCAGGAGAAAUGCCUGGUUGUGGAGUCCACGAACCCUAACGGUCUCUACCCCAACAUGAGCCUCCCUGAAUCCUCCAAGGCUCCUCACACUCCCACACCUGCAGGCUAUUACGGUCAGAUAUACGGGAGCAGUCAGUCCCAGCCCGCCUUCACCUCUCAUCUGGGCCAGCUGUCUCCACCGCCCGAGACCUCGGCAGUCGCUCAGGUCGCUCCACCCUCUCUGGACGCUGUGGACCAGCUGGGACCCUCGGCCGAGUUCUGGGGCGAAGUGGACAGGAUCGAGUUCGACCAAUACCUGAGUGUGAACAGGACUCGAUUGAGUAGGAACGCCCCUUGCGAGGAGAGCAGCGCUUUGAUAUCAGCCCUGUCCGACGCCAGCAGCGCCGUCUACUACAGCGCAUGCAUUACGGGAUAAACCCGCUUCUCCGCGCUGUCCUGAAGUCUGGUGCACAUAUGGCUUUUUUGAGUCUCAGAUCUUUUUGAUUUAUUCGAGUUGCCUUCUUCAGGGAAUCAUCUUGCCCGGUUUCACGAAUCACUGGAGGUUACUGAACUCUAUACAGGAUGGUUCUCACCGUAUAGACUUCACUAAAUUACAUUUCACAGUAUGACUAGUCAUUUCUGGUCUUGAUAACCUGUACUUUCUGAGACUGUGGCCGAUUUAACCGAUAAUUUUGCUGACUCCAUCCAGCUACUGUAUGCUUACGGUCUCAAAUGAGGGUACUGGGACGUGGAAGUCAAGAAUGUGAAUAUUUUUUGCAAUGCAUAUAUAUUUGUCUUUUUAUUUGCUUUUUAUAAUGUUUAUUUCUAU